CAGACGUCAAAGAAUUUCUGGCCUGAACCCUGAAUAUCUGAACUAAACUAAUAACCUCAACUUAUCUGCGAAACCAAGUAAGAACUACAGAAUAAUAGAAGUACUUACUACCACUUUCCUUUGCCUAAGAAGUUUAUCUCUUUAUCUACCUAGGUACUUCGGGCAUUCGGAGUUCCAAGUCUUCAAUUUGGUCUUGCGUUACAAAUCCCGUGCCGCCUUGUCCUUUUGCCGCCUUGCCGCUCUGCCCUAUCAGACCAGACCAGACCAGACCAAACUUGACUCGGCUGUGCAUUAUCCUACCUCCCUUUCCUCCUCUGUUCCCUCUGGUGCGACUGUGCGAGGGAAAGACGACAGGAACGCAGGGGGAGAGGUUCGAGCGAAAAUGCAAUGUCGUAUCCACCGGCCAAGCGACAGCGAUCCAACACGUCGCGAGAUUCCGUCAACGGCAACCCGCAGACCACGGCUCCCGCCCUGCGACAUCACCCAAUUCAGGGUAUCAACGUGUACUCGCCCACGGGCUAUGAGAAUGGCGGCUAUCCCCUCCAACCCGCCGCACGCCAGACCGCUGCCUAUAACCCCUACUCUCCUGGUGCGGUGACGAAUUCGGCUGGCGGAUACGGCGGAGCGUACCAGACCUCGUCAACAGGCUACAGUGCCGGUCCGUACAGCCCCCAACAGCAGGCUAACACCUUCGCGGCUCACUACUCUCAACCGUCUACGAACGGCCACAUGACGUCUCAUGCUACACACUUUAAUGAAAUUCGGAAUGGGAACUUCGCCGAGACACAGGCACAAGCACAAGCACAAGCACAGACGCAGACGCUCUUACAGGGACAGUCACCGCAGACGGCCGCGGGUGGAACGUAUUCGCCCGUACCGACAAAUCACCAUAUCGCGAACUAUAACCAGCAACAACGUACUAACCCCCCGACGUCCACAAUACCACAGCAUCCAUCACAGUACGGGGAGCCGUACACUUCCCAACUCACAGGGCAUGCCACGUCGUAUCAUGCCAGCACCAAUUCCUAUUCGGAUGCUCCUACCUUGAAUCCCCACUUUAACCCGGCCCAUCUAGCAAGCCCGGCUCCUCUAUCGACUUCUGCAACCCAGAACGGAAAUGGUCAUACUCCCGACGAUGUCAUGCAGGAGGAUGACGACGAGGAAGAGGAUGCGCAAGGAGAGACGGCAGACGAGUCGACAGAUGUUUACACGAAUCCCAAUCCGCCGAACGGGUCUAUAUCGUCCAUACAGUCGGUUCCCACGCCGCCGAUCGAUGCGUCAUCCAGAGGCGGCCAACGAAUUAAAAAGUGCUCCUGUAAGACGGGACGCGGAGACAAGAAGGCCUGCGUGUUUUGCGUCUGCAGUAAGCAUGGACUUGGUUGCACUCCGACCUGCUCGUGCGGCGACGCGUGUGCGAACCCCUUUGCGGACCUGACGCAAUUCUUCGGCCCGCCGUCUACGUUCCCGAAACCCUGCGGUGCCAAUGCAUGCUUUGCCACUUGGCUCUGUAACCAACCGAACGUCGAGGAGCUGGAUGUAGAUCUGAUAAUAGACAUACUGUUGUACGACGACACGUCGUGGGCGACCAUCAAGGAAUAUGCGGAGCCGUUCAAGAAGUGGGAGGAUAGUUGGAAGCGGACCCGCGGAGGUAAGAGGAAGAAGAGUCGCGAGGAGCGCGAGCGCCUGGAAUUCGAGCUGCUCCGCGGCGCGCUAGGUAACUGUAACCAGAACGACUUCUACGGCUACUGGUAUAGUUUUUGUCGAGGCGGCUGGGUGGUGACCGAUCUCUGGGACCAUUGCCAGGAGUGCCGCGUCUGCAAGCCCAGCGCGGAAUGGCACUGCGACAAACAUAAUCGCUGCACGUCAGAACGCGUCUGUCCCGAUUGCGCAUCAAUUGCGCCGUACCCGAACAUGAUGUCUUCGUAUCCGGAUCCCGGUAGUUAGUCCGGUCUCGUUCUAUACGAGAGAGAGGGUACAUAACGGUAUUUGCUAUAGCUUACUCGCGUAUAUCUUGCAUUUGUAGCGAGAGUGCGUGCGUUGGCACGGAAACAUACGGAAACAUACGAGGAUUUCGGACAAAAGACAGAUCGAUCAGUUAGGGAUGCGUACCUAUGUAUAAGAACUAAACCCAACAUUAUCAAUACCAAGGGCGUGGCUUGGGACUAAACCCCAGCUAAUAUUGUCACCAUCUAGCUCGCCGCUGUGCGUCUAAAGUUCCGUUAUGCCUGGUAUCGAUAUUUCCCGGCUGUCGAUGUCGAUGUCUUGAACCCCCAGUAGUCCUAUAGACCUGAUGAGCGAUACCUAGAAUUUGACUCGA